AAUUCGCCCAUUUCCCUUGCACUCGCUGCAAUGACAAACUCGACAGACGAGCCGAAUAGCAAGAGACAACGUGUGAGCCGUGCGUGCGAUUUAUGCCGCCGAAAAAAGAUAAAAUGCGAUGGUGCUAUUCCUAUCUGCGGCAACUGCCAAGCAUUUAGUCUCGAGUGUAGCUACAAAGAUAUGACCAAAAAGCGAGGUCCGCCGAAGGGCUAUAUUGAAGCUGUUGAGAACCGACUUCGCAAGCUGGAGGGAUUGCUCAAAGACAUGUCGCAAGAUAACCCGGAUCCCAAAGCCCAAGCGCUUAUCGCAGAACUCAGUCAGCCAUUAGAGACGACCACUGGUCAGGUCAUCAACACUCGCCCUGUGCGUCGACUAAAACGCGGCCAACAAGACCAUUACUCACGAUCCACCUCUCCGCCGCACGAGUCACCAAUGUCGCUCUCACAGAUUUGUUUUGCUGACGAUGCCGGCAGCCCGUCGCAACACUCGCGAGACUACAACAACCAUCACAAUAGCAACCGUGGCAACACAAACAACAACGACCACGAGUCGAUGCCGAGCAGCCCUGACUCUGUUGGCGAUAGUACGGGCCAGCUGUCAAUGGACGAGAAUGGCCAAGUGCGAUAUCUGGGCAAGUCAUCGGGAUACUAUUUGCUUCAGAACAGUCGAACAUAUCAAAAUGGGGCAUUUCAUUUCACAGGGUGGGGUCACAAGUCGCAAUCGGGAUCACCGUCACGGGGGAAAGCAACUACGAAGCUGGAUCCAUUCGAGUUACCGCCUAAAGACUUGUCACGACAUCUCAUCAACCUGUAUUUCGAACACUUUUACCCGGUCUUACCCUUAUUUUACAAGAAGCGCCUGACGUCCUCGCUCAACUCUCCACUGGAACCUAUUUCACCCCUUCUGCUGAACGCCAUCUAUGCAGUAGCAUCACGAGUAUCGCCUGAUGUUCGCGUGCGGGCUGAUCCAGCGUCCGCUGAUACCGCUGGCGAUGUCUUUUUCGAACGUGCCAAACGAUUGCUCGAUGAUUACUAUGAUGUCCCGCGGAUAUCAACUGUGCAAGCAUUGUUGCUCUUGGCUACACAUCAACACGGUACAAUGAAAUAUGUUCGAGGCUGGCUAUACAGUGGCAUGGCAUUCCGUAUGGCGCAAGAUCUUGGAUUACAUCGCAACUGUGAUCAUUGGAACAUACCCCCUGACGAACGUGAACGACGAAAGCGAGUGUUCUGGUGCUGUUUUGUCGUUGAUCGACUGAUUAGCGCCAUCUACGGCCGUUCGUCGACAUUUGAAGAACGCGAUUGCGAUGUACCUUUUCCGACCGACGACGACGAGGAACCAUCAUCGGGAGACAAAGCAAACGAUCCAGCAAAGCCACGCAUUGUCGAAACGUUUGUGCAUCUCAUCAAAAUUACCGACAUUAUGGGCCACGUGCUGCGCAAUGUGUAUUAUGCAAAAGCAAGGCAUCAUGCAUCGCAACAACAUCUCGAGCAUGUUCUCACGGGCUUAAACCGCGAGCUGACAAAUUGGUACAACCGACUGCCGCCAGCCCUGCAGUACAAGCCGCCCAACACUGAAUCUGGCGAGACGGCCCAGUGCCCUCCGCUUGCCAUUGCACAAAUUCACAUGUUUUACUACACGACACUCAUCUUACUUCAUCGACCAUUCAUUCCGGGCCAUUCUCCGCAAUCACCUUCGUCUUUACCGUCCUACAAAAUAUGUAUCUCUGCUGCCAGCUCAAUUUUGGAUAUCGUCAACGUCAUGUUCAGCGAGAACCGCAUUCGCUUCGUACUCAACUAUGCUGUCUAUUGUCUGUUUACGGCCGGGAUCAUGUUCAUAAAAAUGGCGUCUUCGGACGAGGCGGAGAAGGUGUUUGAUGCCAAAAUCUAUAUCAACAAAAUCAUGCGAGCGCUAGACGAGAUCGACACAACGUGGAUGAAUGCGGCUCGGUGCUGCAAUAUCCUUGGUGAACUGGCAGGUUUGCGCGAUAUCAAUCUCGAAUGCGACGAGUAUGUUCCACGUCGCAACAGUCGAUUGUUGACUCAACCACCCCCAUCCAUUGCCGUACCGAAUUCUCCACAGCAACAACAGCAGCAAGUGUCGGCUGACGAUCAGCAACAACAAAACGACUCUUCUCAGAUGCAGAAUAGCGACAGCAAUGCUAAUGACUUCGUCAAUCGCAAGCCGGGUACGACUAUGGAUCCAUUUGCAGCUCCAGACGUUGUUGCCAAUGCACAACAGCAAUACGAUCCGUUUCAUACUGCGUUCUGGGGUGUACCUUCAUCACUAGACGUGGAAGAAUGGAACAACUACUUUGGUACACAGAACACCAUCAUCAACGACCAAAACAACAAUAAUAAUAACGGUAACAGUAACAACAACAGCAAUCCCGCAGUAGGUUCCUCUUCUGCUAACGUUGCUGCUGCUGCUACUUCCAAUACUGCAUCCCUCGGAGGUCCUUCGAUACUGUCGCCAUCAUCUGCACAACCGUUGAUCCCUUCGCAUGAGUUUUCACCACUACAGCAAUUGAGAGGACCCUAUUCCGGUGAGCUAGGCAACAUGUCAUCCAUACCCCAGCAUCAAGAACUGCGCAGCAUUCGACAGCAGCGAGAUAACAACUCUCCGAGAAACCUGGUUCAUAAUGACAAUGUAGAUAUCCUCAACGGUGUUUCGUUCCCUGUGGAUCUACCCGAAUCACCAGCAAGCAGUGUCCUUUUGGGGUUGUUGGCUUCCCAGGAACAUAACCAGAACCGAUGAUAAAAUGGUGUGUUGUACACUGCUUAAUUACAUAUAGCAGCAAAUAGCGUGACAAAAUUUAAAGUUUCUUUCUCUGUAUUCGCAUUUUUUUCUUUUUGUUUUCUUGUUUGACA